UAGACUAGUCACGUGAUCGACAUUGUCUUAUUUUUUUCUCAUCGAGCGUUCGGUUGAGCGAAACGCAUAUUUGCGAUAUUUCCGCGCGUAAAAGUGUUUUGGUUCGAUGAGUUUAUGUUUGUUUUUUAAGUAUUUGAUAUUCACAUAGAUGCCGGGAUUGAAAUAAGAGCAGGAAAUCUUUUGAGGAAGUGGAGUGACAGCCCCGCUGUAAAUCAAGAUGGCAGGUCUGUCUUUGUAUUUUGAAGAUGGUCAUGAUGAUUUGGAUGACUUUGGAUUCGAUGACUAUGGUUCAGAGUGUGAUGGGAUUCGGAUAACAGCAUUCCUGGAUGCAGGCCAGGAUAAUCUCACCCCUCUGGGCCGGCUGGAGAAAUAUGCUUUCAGUGAAAACGUCUUCAACAGGCAAAUUGUGGCACGUGGAUUGCUGGAUGUGCUCCGGGAGUUCAGUGAUAAUGAAAAUGACUUUAUCAGCGUCAUGGAAACAGUUGCCAGAAUGUCUGAGGAUGGAGAACCGACGGUGCGAGCAGAGCUGAUGGAACAGGUACCAAACAUUGCCAUGUUCCUUCAUGAAAAUCGGCCUAAUUUCCCAGAAGCCUUCUCGCGGUAUCUGGUACCCAUUGUGGUCCGGUAUCUCACAGACCCUAAUAACCAGGUGCGAAAGACGAGCCAGGCUGCUCUGCUGGUGCUACUUGAACAGGGUCUGAUGAGCAAGGCAGAUAUGGAGGGAAAGGUCUGCCCUGUGCUUCUGGAGCUCACUGAACCCAGCAGUGACGAUGACUACAAGAUCGAAGCAGUUGCGAUCAUGUGCAAGCUGGUGACUAUGUUGACUAAAGACACGGUGGAACACCUUUUAUUGCUCCGCUUUUGUGAACUCUGCAGUGACGUCAGACUAUUUCAAGUCCGCAAAGUUUGUGCUGCAAAUUUUGGCGAGUUCUGUUCUAUAGUUGGCCAGGAAGCCACAGAGAAACUUUUGAUGCCAAAGUUUUUCGACCUGUGCUCAGACAGUCUUUGGGGUAUUCGGAAAGCCUGUGCCGAGUGCUUCAUGGUUGUUUCAAACUGCACUUCUCCGGAGGUGCGGCGUACUAAAUUGUCCCCCUUGUUCAUCAACCUCAUUAGUGAUCAAUCACGCUGGGUACGCCAGGCUGCGUUCCAGUCUCUAGGUCGUUUUAUCUCCACGUUUGCCAACCCUUCAAUCACAGGAUUGCAUUUCUGUGAAGAUGGAACCCUCCGUGAGAUACCUAAAAUCUUCUCAGAGAGCCACGGGCAGGAAGUGGUCACCAGCAACUCCAGUAACAGCCGCAAUGCCUCCAUUGAUGGUUCUCCAGACAGUCGCAUUCAGCCCCAUUCAGAGCAGUUACAAUCCACUUCAGUUCAGAUGGGUCCAUCAUCACACCCCCCAGAAAGCAAUUCCUUUACCCAACCCCGAGAAGAUUGCACCAACCUGGGCCGCACUGAACGCUCAGCCCCUUUGUCCCACCAGCAGACGGACGAGUGCACAAUGUUCAACUCUUUCAACUUCUGGAGAGCCCCACUACCUGACAUCACCCAAGAGCUGGAACUCUUACAGGAAGAGAAAAGAAAUGAGGUGAUAGAGAAACGUGAUGAGACGAUGAGGGAGACAGAAGGAGAGGGAAAAGAUGACUUGCCAAGUUUAGAUUCACAAGGCCCAGCCACCAGCUCUCAGAUCCAGAAGGUUUUGGACUGCCUUCAGCCUCACCUGGAUGAUCCUGAUGUGCAAGCUCAAGUGCAGGUGUUGUCCGCAGCGCUGAAAGCUGCCCAGCUAGAGAGUCAGGCAGAAGAUGCAGAUGAGUCUGUGUCAGAGAGUAACGGUUCCACAGGCUCCCCGACGUCUGAUGAGCUCAGUGCCAUGAGUGAACUCUCACUGACUGACGCACAGAUCUCAGACUCACCCUCCAGUUCACCAGUGCUGGUCGAUGACUCUGAACACAGCAGUGAGGAGUCAGACCUAAUAGAAAAUGUGGAGGGGGACAAAGAUUCAGACACAGCUAAAACGUGUGAAGAGGAGAAAUCUAAAGUUCAGAAUGUAAUUCCACAGCAGUUGCUGGAUCAGUAUCUGUCCAUGACAGACCCCGCUCGAGCUCAGACCGUAGACACUGAGAUCGCCAAACACUGUGCGUUCAGCUUGCCAGGUGUCGCCCUAACGCUAGGCAGACAGAACUGGCACUGCCUCAAAGACACAUAUGAGACCCUUGCUACAGACGUACAGUGGAAGGUUAGGCGGACGCUGGCAUUCUCUAUCCAUGAGUUAGCAGUGAUUCUGGGUGAUCAGCUGACCGCGGCUGACCUGGUGCCCAUAUUUAAUGGCUUCCUCAAAGAUCUCGAUGAGGUGCGGAUAGGAGUCCUCAAACACCUGUAUGAUUUUUUGAAGCUUCUUCAUGCCGAUAAGCGUCGGGAGUAUCUGUAUCAGCUCCAGGAGUUCAUGGUGACGGACAACAGCCGAAAUUGGAGAUUCCGCUAUGAGCUAGCAGAGCAGCUCAUCCUGAUCAUUGAGUUGUACAGCCACAGCGAUGUGUAUGACUACCUCAGACAGAUCGCACUUAACCUUUGCUCUGAUAAAGUCUCAGAAGUGCGGUGGAUCUCCUAUAAACUGGUGGUGGAGAUCCUGCAUAAGUUGUAUGCCUGUGAAGCUCACGAUCUGGGUCUGAAUUUCAUUAAUGAGCUCAUUAUGAGAUUCUGCCAUUGUCCAAAAUGGGUUGGACGUCAGGCAUUUGCUUUCAUUUGCCAGGCCGUUGUGGAGGAGGACUGUAUGCCUAUGGACCAGUUUGCACAGCACCUUCUACCAAGUCUGCUCAGCCUCUCGUCAGAUCCUGUACCCAACGUACGUGUGCUGGUGGCUAAGGCGUUACGGCAGAGCGUGUUGGAAAAACCAUACUUCAAGGACCCAGGCAGCGCUUACUCAGAUGAGCUGGAAGAGGCUCUGUCCGAGCUAAGAAUGGACAAGGACAGGGACGUGCGGUUCUUUGCCACACUGGAUCCCAACAGAAACGUCAUGGACACCGCAGCGUUGAUUUAGCACCAUGUACUGCCCGCACACAUGAACAAGCACCAGCAGGAACAACACUAAGCGACAAGUGUCACAGACAUGUGUUUACAAAUAGGAACUACUGACCAAGACCUUCACACACACACACACACCCACAAUGUAUCCUUAUCGUCUCCUGAUAUGCUCCACGUUGACAGUGCAUGCAUAUAUUAUGCAUUUAUACACAAAAACGCCCUCGUUUAUAGAACUUUCUACUGAUAUGUAGCUAAUUUUAAAAUUGGGUCUUUAAAAUAUGCAAAUCUAUGCGUAUUUGUGGUAAGUAAUACAACUAAUACAGCCUUGCAAUUUAAUCUUCCCCAGUGGUUUUCACCAUUUCGAUGAUUAAAAUGCGAGAUCAAGCAAUUACAAAUGACAGUUACAAACAUGAGGACCACUCAAUCUAUCAUUUACACAGUCUCACUUUUAUCCACCCAACACACACACACACACACACACUCUUUCAAACACAGAACAACCAUCUCACCUCUCUGAAUGGUGCAAGAUUUUAUUUGCACCUUUGCGGCAGCAGAAAGUAUUUGGAGACACAAGACGCAUCUCUUCAUCAGACCGUUCAGAUGCCACCAGCUGCCCCUCCAAAGCUAACUGUACAUUUGUAAGACUUCUUUUUUUUUUUUUUUUUUUCUCCAUUUCCUUUUCUUGUGGAUUUCUUAAAACAAAAAGGACUAAGAAGACAUAAGCAGACUGACACAGUGAAGUGCUACUAACUCAGGGAGACCUGAUAUUCAGAUUUUUUUUAAAGCUGCAAUGCCGCAAAAUGGUAUCGAGCUGAGCCCAAGUAAUGCUGCAGAACUUUUGCUGCAUUUACCAACCUCCUGUUUACCUGGUCCUCAGGAUCCACCCAGAUGGUUGCGGGAAACGGUGUUCAGAAAUGGCAAAUGAGUGAAUUUUUGCAGCUCAGGAGCCGAAACCCUCCCUCUCUUUUUGCUCAGACCUUUUGUAGCUCACCAGAAUUUGCUAUUGUCUUUCGAUACUGGCAUUUUAAUGUACAUGUUUUUUCUGCGUGUUUUGAGUGUGAUCCAGUCGUACGUAACCUCCUCGUCUUCCCUGAUUGGCGGAGAGCGGUUUUAUUCCUCACCGUGUUAUAACUAAAAGGGGCCAGUAUUUUAGAGAGGUGUCUGGAGUUGCUUUUUAAGCAACCUUUACAGCCACUAGAUGACAAUUAGUCACUGGACAACCAGAAUUGUCAGACGUGUUCAGUCUACGUUAAAACAUUUAAUAAAAUCUCGAUUGGUUAAUUCUGAGCUAAGAGAGCCUGACCUGCAGAGGGCGCUGCUUGGUUGUCUGUGGAAAACACCGCACUUCUGACACUUUUUGUGUUUAGUCGGAUUUGCACUAGUUAAUCAAAGCACGCCACGAUUCCUCUCAUUUAAACGAUUCCUAAAUUUGCUUUAAAUUUAAUAAGCUAUUUUGUGCUUGAAGUUAAUAUGACGGACCAUCCGUUUUUAUAAAGCGUGGUUGUGCUGCUCUUGGCAUCGAUUAACUCGCAUCUAGCUGCUGAUCGGUUAUCAGUAUGCCUGUUUUUAUGGUUUAUAUAUUUAAAUUAGGAGGACUGGACCCACAUCAGCAUGUAAAGGCAAACUUUGCCAAGAGCACUUUACUAUUAAGGGUUCAAUGGAAAGAAAACUGCAGGUCCUUGUUUUAUACAGUAUAUAUAAUAAAUAAAUCUGUUGGACCGGAUUAAUCCUGAUAAUUUCAGAUUUUUUUUUUUUUAUAUAAAUAAGGCAACUUUCUUGACCAAACUCAAGUGGUGCUCAGAUCCGGUGCAUUUAUUCUCACAGAUGUGUAUAUGGAAAAUGUUUAUGGAUUGUGUAUAUGGAAUUGUUAAAAUAAAUAGGUUUAGUUUAUCUCUGAAAUACAGCCUGUGAUCAAAUUGAUAUGAUUUUAUUGAUGAUAUCUACAGGAGUCGAGGCCAGUCUUUUUCUUGUGGCGAUAUUUGGUUUGGAAUUGUAACAGGAGAAGUUGUUUUCCUUGUGUUCCCAUGUGUGUUUGUGUGUCUGCAUGCAUCUGUGUGUGGCUGUUUGUCCUUUUUGUUUCUUUUUUUCCCCAUACCCCCACCCCCUUGGACCAUGUUGAAAGUAGAUAUAUAUUUUGUUAGAAUGUUAUAUUUUCCCCAAUAAAUUCUCCUGUGUGAAUUACUGAGGCACUGACAUCACUGAUGUGUCAACUAAACCACUUCGAACUGUCUGCAUAUGUACUGAUCCACUAGAUUGCCAGUAAUGUUACAAUAUUAUGAUACAAGCAUCUGAUUCAAUUCUUUUGCCCCCUUUUAUUCUUCUCAAUGUAUCAUGUUCAAAGAUUUUAUAUCCUAACCUUUCAGGUUACAACCUUUGUAAUUUUCUGUGCAUCUCUUUUAAAUACAUUUUAUGUAUUGUUAUUUUUAGUAUUCAUUAAUUAAAAUAAUAUAAAUUUGAAAA